AUGGCUGAAACUUUAUAUUUCAGCGUUCUUCUCAUCGCUCUCUGUUCAUUAUCUGAAUGCAUUCAGCGCCGCUAUCACCACAUAGACAAGAAGAUGACCUGGACUGAAGCUCAGAGAUACUGCAGAGAAAACUACACAGAUCUGGCCACAGUCAACAACAUCAAUGACAUGAAUCAACUGAUGAAGAGUCUGAUUUAUGAUGUCUGGAUUGGACUGAAGAGAACAAGUGUUUAUAAAUGGAAGUGGUCUCUGGGUUAUCCUGUGAAAUAUACAAACUGGUCUAAUGGAGACUCAAAUGGUCCAGAUGAUUGUGUUUAUAUGAGAGAUGGAUCAUGGCAUCAUCCAACCCAAGAGGCUGCCACUUCCAAACAGUAUGUCAAUAUAAUGGAAUACACUGAGUCUGUGACAGGAUACAUUUCCAAAUGCAUGGAAGAUGUGACCGUCAUAAAACACAUCACCACAAGGGCAAACAACAAACCAUGGUUCACCAGGGAGGUAUGUGAGCUCUUAAAAGCACGGAAUGCGGCUUUCAGGUCUGGAGACAAAGAGGCCCUUAGAACUGCCAGGGCAAACUUGAACUGGGGCCUGAGAACAGCAAAGCGUGCUUAUGGACAGAAAAUCCAGUCACAUUUUGCUGAUACAAAAGACCCCAGACGCCUUUGGCAAGGCAUCCAGUCAGUGACGGACUGCAGGCCUACACCCCCAUUGUGCGAGGAAAGCAUAGACUUCCUAAACCUACUCAAUUCAUUCUUCAGCCGUUUUGAGGAAAGCAACAACAUCACUUCAACAAAAGCUCUACCCUGUUUGGACAAUGCAACACUUCAACUUGACCCUGGCGAUGUGCGGAGGACUCUUCAAAAGGUGAACCCCAGGAAGGCGUCUGGACCUGAUAAUAUACCUGGGCGUGUGCUUAGAGACUGUGCUAAUUCACUUACAGAUGCUCUCACAGAUAUCUUCAACAUCUCCCUGAGCAAAGCCAUUAUACCACAAUGUCUUAAAGCCACCACUAUCAUACCGAUACCAAAGAAAUCAUCAGUCACAACACUGAACGAUUACCGGCCUAUAGCACUCACGCCCAUUAUAAUGAAGUGCUUUGAAAGACUGGUUAAGGCCCACAUAACAACCAGCCUACCUGCCACAUUCGACCCCUUCCAGUUUGCAUACCGUCCCAAGCGUUCCACUGAUGAUGCCAUAGCAACAGCACUUCACCUCAAGAGCAGUAAAGGAUUCAUCAUUGAUGAUUCUUCAGUAUCAUGGAGAGCCGCUCAGAGGUUCUGCAGACAGCAUCAUACUGAUCUGACCAGUGUGAGGAAUCAGACUGAGAAUCAACAGAUUCAGAAGAUCAUGAAUGACACAAACAUAUCUGAAGUCUGGAUUGGUCUGUUUAGUGACUCAUGGGAGUGGUCAGAUAAGAGAAACUCUGGAUUCAGAAACUGGCAUCCUAAUGAACCAAAUAAUCCUGAUACUGAAAAAUGUGCAGUGGUCAUUGGGGGAGAAUGGAAUAAUUUGGCCUGCAGUUUCUCUCUGGCCUUUGUGUGUCAUGAAGAUAAUCUGAUAUUGAUCCAGAAGAAUCUGAGCUGGUCUGAAGCUCUGAGAUACUGCAGAGAGAAUCAUGUGGAUCUGGUUUCAGUUGAUUCAGAGGAGAUUCAGCGCUGGGUGACAGACGUGAUUGAUGAGUCCUCUACUGACGCUGUGUGGAUGGGGUUACACUAUUACUUCCAAAUGAACCUCUGGAUCUGGAUACGAGGAGAGGCAGUGUGCUAUCAGAAUUGGGCUCCUGGGAACGGAGCAGGACUUAUGGACUGCAACACUGAACACAUAGCUGGAGCAGUUCAGUCUGGAGGAGAUCAUCUCUGGAUCAGCCUUCUUCAAUCUCACAAACUCAACUUCAUCUGCAGCAGAAAAUAA